AUGCCGCACGUACAGUGUCGCUGGUGGAACUGUGUGCUCUGCCUGUGCGGGCCCUGCAUCUGUGUGCUGCUUCUCUUCAUCUACGUCGCCGUCAUGACCACUGUAGCCAUGAACCGCCACAUCGCAGGCCAGAUCUCUGCAGGCUCCGCCUUCAGAGACGUUGCGGUUCCUCCGGUCAUAAAACCGCGUUCAAAUCCAAAGGACCGGUUUGUUGCCAAAGGAGCCGAGAGGUCGAAAAAGAACGGACCAACUCCCAAAGUAUUCUGGGAAAAAGGUGAUAACACACCGCUGUGGAACCAGCUCCAAAAAGUGGUGGACGAUGGAUUGAACCCCAUCCUGCAUCCAGGGGUCUCAGAGGACCCGGGGCCCCUGGGGGCCUCUCUGCUCUCUCAGUCUCUGUCUGAGCUCCGCUCUGAAACACUCAUGGAGCCGCUGCGCCACUAUGUGAGGUCCAUGAGCAGGAGGCAGUAUCCACUGCUGAUGGAGCCCAGGGGCCGGUGUGGUGUGGGGGGCACACAGGACGGGGGCCCCGCCCUUCUGCUCUUGGCCAUCAGGAGCAGAGCUCUCAGCUACAGGAGCCGACAGGCCAUCAGGGAGAGCUGGGGCCAGGGGGGCUGGGUGCGCACACAGAGUGGAGAUGGGAUGGGGGCCUACGUACGCAGAGUCUUUCUCCUGGGGACAGAGAGCUCUGGGGCCCUCACACACGCCUCCUCUGAGCUCCUGACUCUGGAGCAGCAGCACUACGGGGACCUGCUGCAGUGGGAGCUGUGGGACAGCCCCAUGAACAGGACGCUGCUGCAGCUGCACUUCUGGGCCUGGGUCACACACAACUGCGCACACACCACCUUUGUGUUCGAGGGCGACGACCAGGUGUUUGUCAACACUCCUGCGCUGGUGGCUCUGCUGCAGGCGCAGCUGCAGGAGCCCCGGGGCCCCAGGCUGCAGGACGUCAUGCUGGGGAAGGUGUUGAGCCGAGAGCAGCCCAACAGGAGCCCACUCUCUAGUCACUUUGUCCCUGAAAGCUUCUACAAAGGCUCGUACCCGCUGUUGGCCAGUGGGACGGGCCGCGUGUCGUCCGCUCUGCUGCUGCGCCGUCUGCUGCAGGUGUCGCACAGAGUACACCUGUUCCCCGUGGAGCAGGUGUACGUGGGCAUGUGCAUGAUCCGCCUCAACCUGUCCCCCACACAUCACCCGGCCUUCCUCCCCUCUGACUCGGACUCUGGCUGGACUAAAGAGCAGCAGGAGGAGCUGUGUGCGCCCCGCAGAGCAGUGGUGCUGGACGCACACAGCCACACACAGGUGCUGCAGCUGUGGGAGCGCGCCAACAAAGCACUCUGCACCAACACCACUGUGGCCCCACACACCACCAAGGGCCCCAUUGUCACCCCGGGGGGGGAACAAGGCCACGUGUGGUAA